UCGGUGAGCGUUCGUGCGGUGCGCUUAUUGAGUGGCGAUUGGUUUCGUUUACAAGUUAGACGCGUGUCGCGCGAAUAUUUUUGCGAAAAUCGGGCAAUGUUUUUCCCGGAGUGUGGUGCACAGUGUUUUGACCCUUCGGAUGCUCUGUGAGGAAUUAGGGUGGUGAUGUUUGCAUACUCUAUUGUGUGGUAUUGUGUUGCUUCGAAGCGGAAAACGUGAAAGAUAUUUCGCAUUGAUACGUGAAAUUUUAAGGUCUGACCAGUAAUCAGCCAACGGGAAUGCAAAGAGGUCCAUAGAUGCUCGCUGUAAUAGAAGAUUUUCAGUGUAACUAGUUGAAUUCAAAUGCUAAAGUGCUAAAGUUGUCUGAAUUGUGUGUUUUGGGCUUGGCAUGGCUGUUUUGAAAGUUUCAAAGUGAAUUUUAUUCAACUCAGUAAUCAGUUUUGUCCCAAACAAUUAUUUUUGUUUAUAUCACAAACCAAAAUCGUGAUAUCCCAUUGGUUCUGUGUAAGUGAGAGUGCCCUUGCGAAACGAAAUUGGAGUGCUCUAUUUGGUGACCGUCAAAUAUCCGAAUACUAUUGUGCAAGGGUCAACAUGUGCUGGAUGGGAGAGAACGCAAUCAGAUAGCGACAUAAAGAAGGAAGAAUGUUCAAGUCUGAGAAUGUGUAGGUUUAGAUGCGGAGAAUCGAUAGUCCUACGACCUAUAUGUAGCUACUAGUGAACGAAAGCUUCGACCUUCUACCUGCUAGUGGAUACAAAGCAGUGCACCACGUGAAAAGAGAAUUGUGCGGUUUUGGGAGCACGACAAUCAGGCCUGCUUAGUGGAUAUAGAGGUUGAUAUCAGUCAGUGAAGUGUCAAACCACACAGAAAAAGGCCGAUAGAUAGUUGUUGUUCAAACCCAGUGAAGUGACAAAUCAAGUGUCGGUACCUGAUAUUGAAAGCCUCAACCAGUCAACGCAUCUCUAGAUUGUAGAUUGUGGAGCAGCAGCAGAAGCAGAGAUGAGUGAAAUUGGCUUUCGUUUGUCGCCGUCUUCAUGAGAUAAGAAGAUUGUUUCUAGUGUUUAUUUUUGAUACGAAGCGAGCAAUUUGAUACUCUCUAUACAAAGGCGAAACGUAGAAGAGAUUAAUAUUCUGUGUAGUGUUGUUGUGUGAUUCAUAGUGUCGUACAAGAGUUCUUUUUUGCAAUUACUUGCGUUCCCUCAAAUACACGAUGACCGGUUUAUCUUCCAACAAAGUGCAUUAUUUAGUGUACAGCUUAAAUCUCGAAGAAGCCUAUAGCCUUUAGGGAUAACUCGGUUUGCGGUGUGGUCAUAGUCUUUCCUGGGACGUGCUUGGGAUUACUCUGGAUCAUGGCCGAACAAUCGAAGCGCCAGAUUCCGGUGUGUCCACCGUUGCCGAAGGAUUUGGUGAUGGCCAGCAGUAAGUUGCGGCCACCUCCGCCGGCAAUCAAGUUGGAGCAGCAGCAAGAAGAUGAUCUGCUGGUGGUCCGGUAUGAAAACACCGCUUCGGUAGAUCGCGGGGCGGACUCCAAUGCGGUUUCGGUUUCCUUGGAGCACAUUCUGAAAACGUUUAAUGCGCCGAUCUCGGAAGAUCAGGCCUGGGCACUGAUCUACCAGGCGACCCGCAUGUUCAAAGCCCGGCUGCAGGAGACCGGCUGUCGGUUGCGCGACGUGCGGCUGCCGGUCAAGACGAAACAUCUGAACGUGCACAAGGACGGAAGCUGCUUCGUUACGGUCGGCGAUGAAGACAAAGACCUAUGCGUGGCGUCAUCUCAGAAAAAGAUUCUGCGAAAACUUGGGGUUGUCGUAUACAACGCACUUGACUACAACCUGCCCUCCAACGAGUACUGUCCUAUAUCCCACGAACUUGAUGAACUAAUCGACUACAUGACAGCUGAAGACAAUGACGAUGAAGGAAUCGAGCAUGAUUCCGAAGAACCGGUAACGGAUGAGGAUGAGGCUGUCGUGGCGGAUCACAUAGAGGAGGACGACGAGGAGGACGAAGAUCGACUCCAUCACCAGUGCAAUGGUGAUGGCGGCGGUGGAGGUGGUGGAGGCGGACUAAGUGAUUCCAAUCAUCAUCAUCACUCAGAUAGCAGUAGUAAGCGGAGAUCGCAUCUCGAUACCAAAGAAUUGGAUCACGUGCUAGCGUUUUGCUCAUCACGUGUAUCACCCUCGAAACCGGAGGACCACUAUCGGGCCGUGUGCCGAGCGUUGGCCACCGAAACCCUAGAGUUAAGAACGUUCCUACAGCGGGUAUGCCAGGGCGAUGCCGAAGUGCUGCGACUCAAAGCCCAAGCCGAAACCUCCGGCAAGGUGUUGGAAAAGAUACACUUCAACGAUUGGCCGGACGACUUCAGGAUUUGGCAAGCCAUACAAGCUCGCUUCUGGAUGCAAGUGGUAGACGAACUGCGGCGGGGAGUGAGGCUGAAAAAGAUCAACUUCUCCCGAACGCCGAUCGAGUACGAACUGACGCCAUACGAAAUCCUGAUGGAGGACAUCCGGUCCCGAAAGUACAAUCUGCGCAAAGUGAUGGUAGACGGUGACAUACCGCCAAAGGUGAAGAAAGACGCACAUGCCGUUAUUCUGGAGUUCAUCCGAUCUCGACCACCGUUACGCAAGGCCUCCGAGCGAAAACUCGCACCACAACCCCUGAAGCGAGUGGCUUGCCCCCGGGAGCAACUGCUCGAUUCGAUCCGAAAGGGACGAGUGCUGAAACCGGUGCAUCCUAAGCUAAAAACAAGACGCGUCGCGUCUAUGCUUUCCAUCGUUUUCCCAAUGUCAUCACAUCAUGUCAUCAACAUCUUUUUACCAACCACACAAGUAGAUAGUGUAAAGAAAUCAUGUGAUGAAAUGGGAACCAGCAGCAGCAAUAGUCAUCACCAUCAUAGCAGCACAAAUGGCAGCGCAGCAGCGUCGGCAACAACGUCAACUGCAAGCAACAGUGCUGCGGCCAGAGCCUCGGCGAUAUCGGCCGCUAUGUACACUAGCACGCCCCGAAACACCCUAAGACUGAUACCGGUGGAUUUUUCGUUGUUUGAGGACGACGAUUUCAUAAUCGACACAGCGCCCAAUGGAGACCACACGCUCAGUGGCAGCAGUCGGUCACAUGGUUCCAGUGGCAAUGGAGGAGGUGGCGGUCGGUAUGCCACUCUUGCGAUCACCGGUAAACGAGGCCUUCCAGCGGCAUCAAGCAGUAGCAACGGUACAGCAGCUGACAGUACAAAUCAUCGGCACAUCAAUAACGAGAAUAACCAGAACAACAUCAACACCGUACUGCGGCGGACAAAGAAUAUCAUUACACACGACGAGUACCAUAGGUUCUGUGAUAAAGCACUCGAAACAUACGAUCUUGCCACGCAAUGUGAAUCGCGUCGAGCAUCCAUGCGGCGUCACACCAUCAUCGGUUGCAAUCAAAACUACAAGCUGGACCACUUGAGUAGCCACUCGAUGCCCCCUUCACGACCCGCGUCCCGACAAUCCGACCACGGUCAACAAAACCAGGCCCAACAGCCAUCCUCCCAGCCGCAGCCUCAACAGCAACAGCUAGAAUCCAAAUCCCAGAUGGUGGUGGCCGACCUCGUCGCGGGGAGCCAGAUCUCCUCGUUGGAUACGUGGACCAAGAGUUCGCUCGACGAGCACCAGUGGAAGGACACGUUCAACCUGAAUGAUCGCCUUUCGCUCACGCUGGAAGAAAUUGUACAUAUCCGAUCGGUCAUGACCAAGGCCGAACUGGAGAGCCUACCGGUAGACGUGCACAUCAAGGAGGACGUCGAAAAGCGGAAGGUUUGCUUCCUGUGCUUGCGGACGCGGUUCACGCUGUUCGCGCGAGGAAUCCUGUGCAAGCUGUGCCAGCGGACGGUUUGCAGCAAGUGCAACCAGAAGAUGCGAAUACCUACCGAACAUUUCAGAAAUGUUCCGGUGGUGCUGCUGUCGCCCUCGUUGAUGAGCAGUCCCUGCACUUCGAACACGCCAUCACCCAGUCACCACGCGCACGGAGGAUGCGGUGGAUCUGGUCCGCAAAGUUGGUCGGACGAAACGUUCAAGCGGACGCUGAUGGAGCGGCUAAUGCCCGUGUCAGAAUGGAAGACUCGCAACACAGUCGGUAGCGCUCCAUCAUCACCAAAGAAUCAACGUUCGGCUUCCAGCACACCGGGCACCAGCCUGCAGGGUGAGUCCCUAUCGCUUCCACUGUCCCAGCCGGUGACGUCAGCCACUACGAACGGUGCCAAAGAAAGUACAACAUCCGUAACGAAUACCAACGGUAGCAGCAGGUGUUCGAUCAUGUCCCGCAGCAUGGAAGGACCGCACAGUUUACCGCCACAAAGCUCUGCCCGGCCGCACAGCAACAGUAGCACACUGGAUCGAAGCUCUUCCAGGAACCGAUUCGCCAAAGCGUUCACCCUAUCUGCGGCGGCCACGGCACCGGGCACUGCCAUCGAUCCGCAGAAGGAGCGACUCACCGGGGAGUUGAUGGCCGUCUGCAACGACUGUCGCAGUUUGGUGCUGGAAAUCAUUCGUUCCUCGCGACAGACGCGAUCAUCCGCGCAGAACCAGGCGUUGCGCAACCUCACGUUGGACCUUUCGCCCGUCUACAAACGCUAGGGCAUCCAUUAUCUGCAGAAUCGUGCAGAAAGCAGGUGCUGAACUUGUGUCGGAGAUGUGUUUGGUGGAUAGCCUAAGUUUCGUUUUCGUUCCCGUCGUACCGAAAUAAAAAAUGCGAAAAAUCAAAUUUGAAGCUUCCAAUACGAGAGAAAGUUGCUUGAAUUCUUUAUAUUUAUCUUAUUUAUUCUGUAAUUUAUUUCAAAAGGUUUCUUUAAUUUUUCGAAAAUGUUAUUAACGUUUUAUUAGAAAGAGUAUAUUUCUUGUUAACAAAUUUGAUUAGACUAAAUCAGGUCUUCAGAGCAAUUAGUCUUCAAAACCCCAUUCAAGGGACUGAGUUAUCUCUUAAAAAUUGUAAGACGUUCAAUUGCUACUUUUUAGGUUUGAUUUGAAAAAUUAUGUUGAAAUAAUAUCUGAUAUAUUUUUAAGUAUUCUGGUUGUGCGUUCAGGCACAUAUUUGAAUUUGAUUUUUCGCAAUUCGGUGUAGCUUCUUGAAAUUUAGACGAAAUGGAACUUCCUAAAAAGGCGAUGCUUGUUAUAAUGAUUUAAUUGUUAUUGGGUCCUGGGAUCAAUUGUACAUUUGUCCGAGCGAGCAACAGUGGAGGAUAGGAAGAUUUGUAAUUAUAAAAAAUGUAUGGAAAAGUUGUGACUUGUUGAAGUAAUAAAACAGAACGGAAUUUAAAGCAAUCACCAUCACAUUCAGUUUACCGGAAUGGUACACAAAUUUAAAGCGAUACGCAGAAACGAUUAUUUAUUUUCGAUGAACAAUUCAUAUGUCAAAAACCUUGAUUCAAUUGUAUGAAAUCAUAAAUUCUUCGGUCCCGUUUCAUCAAUAUUACUAAUAAAUCCAAUCGUUGACAAUGCACAAUGAUCCGAUAAAUCGAUAAUUUUAGCAAUCUAACCAAAUUCUCUCUGUUGUUGAUUUAAGACGUAUAUUUUCAGCGAAGAGUUUUGCAUCGUCGUGGAUCCUUACAUAGGUUUUGAUUUUGAAUAAUUUAUGGUUGAGUACCAUCGUUCUGGCAUUACGUCCCAACUAGGACAGUGCAUGUUGAUAUCGUGUGGCAGGUACAAAGAUACUCUAUGCCCAGGGAUGACGAGAAAAAUUAUAUUACGAAAAGAGCCUCGACCUGCGAGAUUCGAACCCACAAUCUUCAGCUUCGUCAUUCAGUAAUUCAGUAAGGCCAUACAUGAGGCAACUAUCCCUUUAUCAACUGUUACAGUCAUAUUGUUUAAUUUGAGAAAAUCACUUCAAACAUACCCUUCAAAAUCAAAAUUUGCUUGUAAUUCUCAAAGUUUCACAGUAAUCGGCGUACUCUCCAGCGAAGUUGUAAGUUUUUUAUUUAUCCAUACACAACUUUAUUGCUAGUAACUUGAAGAAAUCAUUGAUUAAAUAAUGGGAAAAAAAAUGAAUUUUAGACUCGUUUUUUUCUCUCUUCUCUAGGCAUAGGAAAGUAUGGAGAUCUACAAUUGUAGAUCUAGUUGAAACCUACAACUUUGCUGAAGACAGCAGGCCAACAAUUUUAUUUUUUUUCUUAGUCAUCUGCAAAUUUAAUGUGUUCAAAGAUAUUUUUAAGUGAACUUACUCCGUGAAAAAAAUUUAAUUAUUGGGACCUUGAGGUUUCAAAAUUUUUUCAUUUAAAUUUGCUUCUAACUUUUGAAUGACAAAAAUUAUAAACUUACAAUGUUGAGCAAAAUUGUGUACCUAUCAUUACAUCGUCUACAACUCUUAUGAAAGCCUCAAAACUCAAAACUAAAACAACUGAUUUGUUGGGUGCCAUCUAAAUUUAUAUACUUUCGGAAUCGAAAUACAGAACUCAAAUGAAGUGUUAGAUCAAUAGUGUUUUCAGCAAAGUUGUUCAGAAUAACAUUUUCUGAAUGUUUGCUGAAAAACGCAACGACAAAUUAUCUAAAACAUUAAAGUUUUAUUCAAAAUUCAAACCUAAAUGUGGAUCACAAUAUCCUUUUUUUUUCUUUAAAGAUUCAAAACUCAAUUACGAACAAAUCCUCUGAAGACAUCAUUAAUAAGAACAGAGAAAGGUUUCUUCCUGCUAAAUAAUCGUAUCGACCAUUGUGCAAUGUUCUAUGAAACUAUAAGAAGAAAGUAUCUUAGAAUGAUGUUUAGUGGUCCUCCAAUAUGAAACUCACUUGCUACUCAAGUCCAACUUAGCAACUUCAGUCAUGAAUAAAAUUUGCAACCCGAAAUAUUAAAAUAAUCACAAACUCAAUCAGAAACAUACCACACAAUUCUGCACCAUCAGACUCAACUCCAUGCGCUCUAACUAUUUUAACCAAAUAUUUGUUCCAGACAUAUGGCAACAAAGUUGACUCACAGAACUUAAAACAAUCUCUGUUAUAAUAAAACUCACAUCUAACCUCCAAAUGUCAUGGUAGCUUUAUUGGAUUAUAUCGAAAUUAACAAAUUUAUGUACUGUACAAUGUACUCUCCUAGGUGCGGUCCUUUACAAAUUUGGACUCAAACGUAUUUUCCUAUAUCAAUCCAACUUCUACUGGUAUAGGAGUUGUUUUGGAACAUUUAAAUUUCCCAUAUUCUUUCUAAACACUGAUUCUCUCCAAACUUUUUUAUUUGAUUCAAGCCUCGAUUAAUUCUGAAUUCGAAUAAAUAGCAUAACAAAGAUACUCAUAGAAAUAAAAAACAUAAAAAUAUUGAGAGAGGAGAGUAAAGUUGCUAGCCAAAAACAGACACAAAUAUAACAGCAACUACCGUUAGAAAUAAUCCCCAUUCGUUAAGCAUUAUUAAUUUAGUUUGCGUAAAAAAUAUCCAUU